UGUGUGUUUCUCUGGAUUUGCUGUUGUCUCGGUCCGAGCGACUGGAAGGCUGGUCGGCUAGCACAACAUUGAGGUCCUUGGAGUUAUUGUUCAUUUUUCAAUGUUACCACCGCGGUAUCCAUGUGUAUACAGUACAGUGAUAUGCGCGAGGGCGAGUGAGUGCGACAGAUCAUAAGGUUUGUGUGAAUCCUCCUGAAAUAAGGACUUUGGAUAAGAAGGAAUAGGAGCGGCUGACGCUAUUAGGGUUAGCCUCGCUGUUUGUAUUGGAAAGUGCCAUCGGAACUCCUAGCUUCUUCGCAUCUCGUCAUGAAGAAAGAGGAUGUAUUUGGAUCGAUUGUGAAUCCAGAAUUUCUCAUCCUGGUCCUGUUUGGAGUCAGAGUUUGCGUAAAUUAUUGGAAAUAUCUGCAAUGACGAUAACGAGUGGCUUAUGUCGUGAAUCUAGGUUAAACCCAAGCACAGAUACAAGGAAACUACCUCAAGACAAUUCCACCGCCUCAAAGUCAUGUAGCCUUCCCAGUUGAAUCGAUUACAGAAUAUCAAGCAGAUAAAUCUCAAGAGACGAAACGCUCUUCAAAUUAGCCUACACUUAUUUGCUUGAGGAGUGAAUUUGCUCCAAAAUUGAUUUGUUUGCUGGCAGACUGCUAUGGAAUUGCCGACAGGUUUCCAAAAAAUUGGCUCGUGUAACAAACAACGCCUUUAAGGUGGGAACGAAGGUUACUCUUUGCCAGGUUGACGCAAGGAAAACUGACAUAUUAGACAUAUUUUUGUACGGAAUCUCCCUGCUUCUGAAAUUCACGAAUAUCUCCGCCCAACUCAUCCGCUGGCUUUCUAUCAGCUUUUCACUGUGAGACCAUCCCUGUUUCGUAUGCCCUCACUGAUGAGGACGAUCAUUAACACGUCGAACAUGUUAAUGAUCGGGCUAUAAUAAGACCACUUUGGCUAUGUAAUCGCUGACCACAGGAGACAUUUCAUAGGUUGGUGGAAACCGGGAUAUUUUAGCUCCCCAACAGGCUUUUGUCGUGAGUCGGGACACGCAACUCAAAACCGGGACGUCUGGUCACCUUCAAUUAAUUCCGCCCUCCCACUUUGUUGUCGAAGCUUUGGAUACUCUAGUCUUCGAUCGAGAGGAAUACAUAAUCACUGCUCUUCUUUCAAAAUAGUGGACUGUAUAGAGGGGCUAUAAGCAGAAGCCGCACAUUGAAAUCGGUCUUUAAAAAAUGUUACCCGGAAUGAGGCCAAACUUCUCUCCACCUAUCUGCGGAACAUAACCGACGCCCGUGUCCUUGAAGAGAACUGACCACUGCGAAGUAUGUUUUAUUUACCGCGUGAGGAUGUUUGCUCGCUUUGCCAUAUCGCUCCUUAACUAUAACUUUUAGUAAUUUGCAGAAGAUGGCGACAGAAAGCCAACCCCUUCAUGGAGAACUGUUUGUCCACCCGCUCUCCAACCCCCAAGCCUCGGGGAUAUGCCCGGAGAUGCUGGAGGUGGCCGAAGUGGCCAACCGGGCCGGGGACUUCAGCCUUGCCGUGGAGAUCUACAGCUCCCAGCUCGCUGACCUCCAGCAGCCCGACCGGGGCCUCUGUCUGCGGAAGGCCGACUCCCUGGCCCGGGCCGGGCGCGUCUCCGAAGCGCUAGACUCUUAUUGCACGGCGGCAAACCUGGAGAAGCUGCGCCCGGACGAGCUGCGAUUGCUGGUGGAAAGCAUAGCCCGGACUCUGCGCGAGAAGGAGUUGAAUAUCAGUAGUGGGAAUGGGAAUACUGCUUGUCAAGUGAAAACAACAGGUAACGGGGCCGCGGACGGGGCCGAGAGAGACGCUGAGGGGUUUGAAGAGGAACCCCUUGGCAUGUUCUCCUGUCACCUGUGCCGGUGUCUGCUGCACGAGCCCGCCACCCUGGACUGCGGCCACACUUUCUGUAGACUUUGCCUGGUGGACGUGAAAGACUGCAUACAUUGCAAGCGUAAACUGGAUAAAAACGACGCCGAUGGGGGUCGGAGGAUCAACGUGGUUCUCAGUGGCCUGCUGGAGAAGUGGUUCGAGGCGGAGAGUGGGGCCAGGAAACACUGGGUAGAGGCGCAGGGUUUGUGGAAGAAACUCAAGUACACGGACGCACUUCAUCACUUCAACAAAGCAGUCGCGCUUGCGCCCUCCUCAGGCAGUCUGCGGAUGCAGCGGGCGAAGUUGCACAUGGAGAUGAGCAACUAUAGCCUGGCUGUCCAGGACUCCACCAGCCUUUGCCGGAGCAAACCGCUCUCACCCAAGGCCCACCAUCUGAUGGCUUCAGCCCUCACCCAGGCGGGGCGUAAGGAUGAGGCGUUGCAGGAGUACUUCCUGUGCGUCGCGCUCAAACCCAAUUGUACCAAAAUCAAGCUGGAGGCGCAGACGGUGCUGAGCGAACUCUUCUCCUCUGUGUUCGAGAGGGAUGAUCGGCCCACCCCCCUCCACCCACUGCAGGGGGGGGGCACCUCACGGCUAAUCAAACCCCCUGCCCUCUUCAGCUCCCUCAGCACUUUCACCCCCAGACUUGGCUGGUCUUCUACGGAGUCGGAGCUCAGCGCGUCGAAGGCUCCUCCGGCCGGCUACACCUCCCCCAGCCCCCUUUCUCUCUCUCCCGGAGGAGACGGCCCUGGGGGAGGAGGCAGAGGAGGGGAUAGGAAGGAGGGCAGCAGUAAGAGCCUGCUAAGUGUCCUGGCAGCCCUACCAGCACCUCCUGGUGGCCUGAAAAGGAGGUACAGUGGAGAGGGAACUUCAAUCUCCUUCUGCCCACGCUCCAAGAUCUCCAGAGCAGAAGCGGGGUGCAGCUCACAGAGCCCGACAGCCGGGAAGAACUGCGGGAGAACGGUUCCAAGCGAGCUGCUAGACAGUGUUGACAUGGAGUGUUCUCUCUGCAUGAGGCUGUUCUAUGAGCCGGUGGCGACGCCCUGCGGCCACACCUUCUGUCUGAAGUGUCUCGAGCGCUGCCUGGACCACAACCCCAACUGUCCGCUCUGUAAGGAGAACCUGGCUGAGUAUCUGGCGACUCGGGGGUACAACAAGACCCUGCUCAUGGAGGAAGUGCUACAGCGUUACCUUGGAGACGAGCUGGCAGAGAGGAAGAAGAUCCACGAGGAGGAAAUUAAGGAACUUUCAAAUCUGAACCAGGAGGUGCCCAUCUUCGUGUGCACCAUGGCCUUCCCCACCAUCCCCUGUCCGCUGCACGUGUUCGAGCCGCGCUACCGCCUCAUGAUCCGCCGCUCCAUGGAGACCGGCACCAAGCAGUUCGGCAUGUGCAUCGCCGACGACCUCAAGGGGUUUGCCGACUACGGCUGCAUGCUCGAGGUGCGUGACGUGAAGUUCUUUCCCGACGGUCGUUCGGUGGUGGACACCAUCGGUGUGUCGCGGUUCAAGGUGCUGAGCCACGGCCAACGAGACGGCUACAACACAGCGAAGAUCGAGUACCUGGCGGACAAGAAGGAGGAGGGGGAGGAGCUGCUGGAGCUGCUGAAGCUGCAUGACUCUGUGUAUGAGCAGGCUAACAGCUGGUUCACCUCCCUCCGAGACGCCAUGAAGAACCAGAUCGUCAGCCACUUCGGACACCUGCCCACCAAGGACCCCGAGCCCCAGGCUUCACCCAGCGGCCCCGCCUGGUACUGGUGGCUCCUGGCGGUUCUCCCUCUGGAGAGCCGGGCUCAGCUCACCAUCCUGGCCAUGACCUCCCUCAAGGACCGGCUGGUUGCCAUUCGCCGGGUCCUUGUUUUCGUCACGAGGAAGAAGCCCCGGUGAGGGCCUGGAGGAUGUCGGGACCUUACCCCAGGACGCCCCUUCCUCUCCUGCCCUCUCUGGCCCCUGGGGGCCCUCAAUCUGCCCCAAGAGAUUUGCCUUCUGACCGCGUACUGCAGCAUCAGAACAUGUACGAUUGUUUCUGAACUCUGAAGUACUCCAGUCAGCGCCUGAAGGACCAUGACGCAAAGUGUUUGGUCUGUCAUCUGCUACUCCUCCGUCCAUCCGUCUCUGAUCUGAUCUGUUGCUCAUCUCGCUUGAUCACCUCAGCCCUGGCCCUUUGAGGAGCCGUGUUUUGUCACCAUCACUGCCAGUUUAGGUCUGUAUUUAGGAAAGAAAAAUGACCGUUAGCUGAUGGUGAUUCCAUCACAUGAUUGGGCAGAAGCAACGUAGUGGUUGGCUAAACUAAAGGGGACCGACUUUAGCGGCCUGUGGUGCGCCGCUCCCCCACCAAUGAGGUGUGCCCCAACCUUUGACUCAGCAAAAGUUUGGUUUGAAGUGUUUGAGUCAUACAAUAUACUCAAAAGGUUAAGGAAAAUAAAAACAUACCCUAUACCUAUCUACCUCUAAAAUAUACAAUCUGAUGUACAACCAUUUUGAGAAUUUCCAGAUUGAAUGUAUUA